AUGUUCCGCCAUAGGCUAGCAGUAAGCAGAAUACCUCAUGAAGGUUCUGAUGAAUCAGCUUUUCCUGAUUGUGAAUACCCCAUGAUUACAGGUGAUUUUAUAAUUCUGGAACCAAAUCAAGAAAUUUGCACAAAAGAUGGUUAUUUUAUAGCAAGUAAUAAUACAAAUUAUGAAGUUGCGGCUAGGUUCUAUUCUCCUGAAACUGAGAAAUACAGUGAACCUGUCACGGUUAAUAAACCACUUGCGGUUUCAUAUAAUAAAUCAACAUCAAGGGUCUAUUCAAAAAUUAAAUGUCUAGACACUUCAAGUGGAUGCAAACUUCAAAUUGUUGAAUUUUAUCCAUCAGAAAUUGGUCAUAGUGAAGAAUCAGUGGAAAAUAAUGUUUAUAUUUCAGAUUCAAAAUUGCUGUCCUAUUUUUCAACAAAGGCAUCAGGAUCAUAUUCUCAAAAGGUAAAACAUAAUUACGAAAUUAAGAAAAAUGGUGAUAAGCUUAAACUUAUAAGUAACAUUGAUUCUUUUAAUUAUAAUAACAUUAAUCCAUCCAUCAAGAAAAUCACUAUUACAUCAGAUAAUGAUAAAUUCGAUAUGGAUGUUUAUACAGGAGAUAACACAUUAUCCAAUGCAACAAAAUUUAGCACAGAGAUAGACGUAAGUAAGGAUUCAUUCAAGGAGAUUAAUGAAAAAUUUGAAAAAGGUGAAGAGGCAAAGUUAUCCGUAGAGGGUGAAGUUAAAUUAGAGUAUGAGAAGACAGGAGAACCACCAGAAGGUACAGAGAAAAUGCUUUUCGAAGAAGAUUUAGAAGUAAUCCUUCUUGGUGAGGAUGCUGUCAAAACAGCAGAUCAAGUUAAAGAAGAUACAAAGAAGACAGCAAAGAGCAAAUUCCCAGUAUGGGCAAUUGUAGUCAUUGUGAUUGCAGUUGUUCUUGUCAUUGCAAUUAUUGUUGUCGUCGUUAUUAUUGUGAUUAAGAAGAAUAAGAAGAUUUCUGCAUCAGAUCAUGGCGAUGAUAAGUAA